GUCCCCAAUGCCACCAUGCCCCUCAUGUCCCCCUCAGCCUGCCGAGCGCUGGUGGACGAACUGGAGUGGGAAAUCGCCCAGGUGGACCCCAGAAAAACCAUCCAGAUGGGUUCAUUCCGCAUCAACCCCGACGGCAGCCAGUCCGUGGUGGAGGUGCCGUACGCCCGUUCUGAGGCGCAUCUGACGGAGCUGCUGGAACGAGUGUGCGAGAAAAUGAAGGAGUACGGAGAGAAAUUGGACCCAGGCACGCAGCGCAAGAGCUACGUGCGUGUCAUCUCCCACGACGGCACCAAAAUGGACCUGGCCGGAGUCAAAUUCGACGGGGACGUCACCGCCAGCCUCAAGUUUGCGUGUGAGAGCAUCGCUGAGGAAUACGAGGAUGAGCUGAUCGAGUUUCUGUCGCACGAGGCUGAAAAUGUCAAGGACCGGCUGUGCAGCAAGAGGACGGACCUGUGUGACCACGCCCUCCACAUCCCACACGACGAGCUGUGACAGCCUCCAGAGCAGGGACGGUGCCAGGAGCCACCAGGAUGUCACCAGGAUGUCACCAGGAUGUCACUGGGAUGCCCAGACCCUCCGGGAACCCCGGAGCCGCCGCCUCACCCCGUCCAGAGUCCCUGUCCUAAUUUAUUCCCCAUCCGGGGACACCGGGACGGCCACGGGGCCGUGUCCUCGCUCUCACAGGGACAUUUCAGGGACAUUCCUGCCCCGUGCCGGGGAUGCGAGGGGACACUGGGGGACACCGGGACUCGGUCCCCCCGGGGAGGGGGUUUGGGGACACCCCCACCCCGCUGCAGGCAAUAAAGGGGCCAUGGGCCCACCCCAGGGCAGCUCUGCUCCCGUGUGCACAU